GCAAGCAAGAAAGGGAGGGACGAGAGGCGGCGAAUGGCCCGAGAGAGGGCGGAUUAGAUUAGUUUUAGAUUGGAUCGGGUCCAGGACCGCGAGUCGCCUUCCUUCUUUCUUUCAGUCUCUCCCUAUUUGUCUAGUUGCCAUCGCCGAGGAGCGAUAGCUCUCGCUCUCCUCUUCCGAGCUUUUUUUCUUUCGAGGAAGGGAGGAGAAGAGAAAGGAGAUCCUUCGUCUCCCUCUCUUCAUAUCUUUCUUGUGGGGCGAUUCGGUUCUCGUGGUGGAUUGAUAUAUAUUGAGGCCCGCUAAUCGGAAUUUAUUCGAAGGGACGAGCUAGAUCGGUCGUCGGUCUCACGAUCUUGGAGGGACGGGUGCGAACAAGAAUCUGGCGCGGCAGAUCUCUGAAAGCACACAGCCAUGGAUGAUGCAGUAGAUUUGACCGGGGAUGGAGGUGUAGUCAAGAGCGUUAUAAGGAAAGCCAGAGCUGACGCAAGUGCACCAUCAGAUAACCUUUCCCUUGUUGAUGUUCAUUAUGAAGGCACCCUUGCUGACACUGGUGAAGUUUUCGAUACUACACAUGAAGACAAUACUGUUUUCUCAUUUGAGCUUGGCAAGGGCUCAGUUAUCAAGGCCUGGGAUAUAGCAGUAAGAACUAUGAAGGUUGGGGAGGUUGCAAAAAUUACUUGCAAGCCAGACUAUGCCUAUGGAAGUGCUGGUUCUCCUCCAGAUAUACCACCAAAUGCAACUCUGAUCUUUGAGGUGGAAUUGGUAGCUUGCAGACCGCGGAAAGGUGCCAGUCUUGGUAGUGUUUCAGAUGAAAAGGCAAGGCUUGAGGAAUUAAAGAAGCAGAGGGAGAUGACAGCCGCACUCAAAGAGGAAGAGAAAAAAAGGAGAGAAGAGGCAAAGGCUGCAGCUGCUGCAAGAAUACAAGCCAAGUUAGAAGCAAAGAAGCACCAGGGAAAGGGCAAGGGAAAAGCAAAAUAGAUGUCUGUGAUUUGCUUCCUGGACAAAGUUGGACCUAGAAAUGAAUCGAUGAAAAACAUAUUUGGAGCCUUCAAAAGUUUAAGAACAUCAACAUAUUUGGUGCCCCUUGAAUAUGUGUAAAGCUUUCCCGCCAUUUGUCUCUGAAAAUAUUGCAGCAGGGAAAAAGUCGAGCAAAACUCAGUGUAAUUAUAUCUGCAGCCUUUGCAUUCCUGAUGAGAUUUGUCUGAGAAUAAAAAGGGAAACUUUUUAACUAGUCUGUACAAUAAAAACAUUCAAUUACUGCGGAAGCAGUAACCGCUUUAGCCCUUGAUCGAUGGAUGUCUCCUCGCACAAAGUGGUGCAUGAAAAGAGUAAGUAGCGACAGCUUAUUGGAACAUCACGGGAGCUGAAAUGUAUGGUUUUGUCAUGGGGCCUCCUGGUAAUGUCAUCUGGAACAUGGAUUUAAACAGGACACUGUUCGCUGGAAAACCGCACUGCAGGAUUGGAUGGUGGAAGUCAAAACCAAGCUGAUUCAAGUACAAUAGAGCAGGAGGGUUUAGGGUUUCAAGCUCGGAGUGACAAACAAGUGACGCCCGUAAGGCCUCUCCUGAAAUUCGCUACUUUGAGAUCAAGAAAUUCGUAGCCGUUCCGGUGGCGAUGAGCCAAUCUGCAGUAAGACCGUAAGAGACAAGAUAUCUCUUGGCUCGGUUAAGAGUGCGUGCGCAUCCUCACAACGUGGUAAGAGUUCUAUGGGGGAUGAGAAAAACAUUUUGAGGGGAAAACAUAUUGAAUUUUGGGUUUUAAUUGUUUCUGCAAACUUUCGAAAAAUAUUUAAUACCCUCCACUCUCCCCGGUAGUGAUGGCCUGUCAGAAGUGUGCUCUACCUAUGCGCACAAGUAAUUCCACGAAGGACUAGGUGUGUUGCUUGUCCACUUGUCAUCUCUCUCUACUUGGCUGACAUCUACUCAUAAUGUUGCUUGGGAAAUUGUUUAAUAUUAAUUGCUGUGUCUCGGCUUUUUUUUUUGGGCUCUCUCUGGCUUUUUCGCAAGCAGAUGAUCGUGAUGAUGGCAGGUGGGGUGGAAGGCAAAGGGAAGGUUGUUGGGAACGGUAGGGAACCGAUGCCCAUCUCCGACGGAAGGGGGAGGGCAUGGGCAAAAAUGGCUGGGAGGCAAGCGCAGCAACCUAUGUAGAUGUCUCACAAGAUCUUCGAGUCAAAGUUCGAACAACUCCGAUGAUACUUCAUCAAAAUCUUGGAGUUUCUGGAGGAGGAAAUGGAGGAAAGGACUCAAUGGGAGAGAAUCUUUGUCUUGGUUUGAAGCUUGGGCCGGCGGGUUCUUAUGGAUUGCAUUGUUAGGGAUUUCAAGUUGAAGGGCAAUCUCCUAAACAAGGUUGAAUCUUUCUCUUUGAUGGAAGAUUAUCUUUUCUUUCGUUUCAAAUCAGAGGAGACCAACUCUAUUCUCCAUGGAGGGCCAUGGAUCACCAUCCUGCAGUUGUUGGCGUUGGAACCUUGGGUGUCGGAUUUCGUCCCAGGCACCAACAUUGUCAAGAUGGCCAUGGUAUGGUUAUGCCUCCCUCAGCUUCUGAUAGAGUUGUAGACUACUUUUAGGCAUCGUGAAGGAAGUUGGCAACUCGGUCUCCAUUGACGACUUCACGGACCAGUUGAAGAAGGUAGGAUUUGCAAGGAUUUGGAUGGAGAUCGACUCUAUGAAGCCCGAUGUUUUUAUCAGGGGGAAGAAAAUGGUAUUUUGGCAGCUGUUCAUCUAUGAAAAUCUACAUGUUGUUUGCUUUCGGUGUGGUCGUAUCUUUCGAUGAUGGGUACGAGGUUUCUCUGACAGAUUCAAUGCCAAGCGGGAGCAGGAGAGGGCAUCCUCUCCGUCCAAAGAAUGUUGUUGAGACCCUACUAUCACCUAUGGAGGUUUGGGUUGAGGAGUCGGGGCUCGGUGCUGAGGAGCGUGACUGCCAUGCUCCGUUUUGACUUGGGCCGUGGGUGGUUACUUCGUGGAUUCAUUCGCCAAGAGUCAUUCCAAUGGUGGUGAAGGGGAAGACAUUCGAAUCGCGAUCGAUUGUGGGGGCGGCUAGCUCGGAGCAUCCGGGCUCACCUCCUAAAGUGGUAAAUCUGUCAAAAUUCUUUCUGGAUUUUGAGGGCUGGCAAAAGCUGGCCAAGGUUGCUUGCCGGCGGUCGCCUUCCUGUGACUCUACUGAAUCGAUGGUGGAAGUCCCGACUUAGAAUGAGUCAGCAUUCUGGCUUGGACCCGGGGGCUGGCUUGGACCCGAUGAUUUUAGGCCAGGGAGUGAGCCCAACUCCCUUGGACCUAUGGAUGGUAGAUGCGGGCCAGGGCUCGGCCCAUCUAAAGCGGGCCUAGAGCCUGGGGCCUGUGAAGCGAUCGGAUGGGGCCGUGGAGCCCAUUCUGGGACCCAAUGCAUCAGGGGCUAGCUCUCAGUCUCCCGUUUGGGCUCCUACGACUGCUCCUAUUGUUGGUGGAGGGGCUCCCACUGCCUUGAUGGUGAUGGUGACAUCCGACGAUAAGGAUACGGCCCCGGCAUCAGGAAAAGAGGCAGUGGUCGGCCCAGUUCAACCUCCUACGGCUGCUGCAGGAAGUCCUUGCCGAUGCCUUUGGUUGUGGAUGCAUGUGUGGCAGGGUUGAUUGGCCGGUCAGAGGUAGGAGGUUUGGCAACGGAGGAGCGUCCGGAUGAUGGUGUUGCUAAUGAAGCGUCAAAUGAUGGGGGAGGUAUCCCUUUAGUGCUCCUCUUGGGGUCUGAUUUGGACAGCUCUGUCCAUACUCCCGAGGGGCAUGGAAGCGGGUUUGGAUCGAUUGUGGUGGGGUGCAUACUUGCUCCUCAUGGGCUGGUCAAAGGGGAGAUGAAGGACCAUACUACAAUUAUUGCAUGGCUGUAAGCGAUCUUAAAUGAAGCUAAAACUGGGUUUCUGAAGGUGGGCAUCCAAGGAGCAAAGCAACUCUUCAAGGCUAUGCGGAAGGACCUGGCAUGGCCCCCUCUAGCAAUGCUUCUCAAUAAUGAAGAUUUUGGUGUGGAAUGUUAGAGGGUUGGAAAGCCAUCCUUCUUCUCCACUUAUAGAAGGCUGGUUCACCAACAUGAUGCAAACUUGUGUGUGUUUCUUGAAACUCAACUAUCGGAUAGGAGCUUGGAACGGGCUUAGCGACAUCUCUCGCACUCUUGGGGUUUUGUUGCUAUUGAGUCUCAGGGUCUUAUGGGAGGGUUGAUUGUUGUGUGGAAAAAGAGGAUGUCACUGUGGAUGUAUUACAUGAGUAUAAUCAACAGAUGGUUGUGGUUAUUUUUGAUGUUAAUGAAAAGCCUUUACUCU